CAGAGCGGCGCCGCACGUGUGUCUGUGGCAACUCGUGCUUCAAGACACUCGCGCGCGUUUCAGUCGCGUGUUUUUACUUUAAACAGCAAGUUCAGUUAAUACCGGAGACUCGCUCACGGGCAUCAAGAGAACCGGACCGGCGAACCGAAUCUCUCGAGUGAUUCAUUAACCCGCGUGUGAAGGAGAGAAUCCGAGAUCAGCCGCUGCUCUUCAUCAGAGAAUCACAGAUCCGCUUCAUUAAGGUGCAGGAUCACAGGGUCAGCUGCUGCUCUUCCUCAGGAUGGUCUUCUUCACGUGUAGCGCCUGCGGCGAGUCUCUGAAGAAAGCUCAAGUGGAGAAACACCUGCUGAAGUGCCGCGCUUGUCAGGUUUUGUCCUGCAUCGACUGCAGCAAAGACUUCUGGGGCGACGAUUAUAAGAACCACAACAAGUGCAUCAGUGAAGACCAGAAGUACGGCGGUAAAGACUUCCAGGCAAAGGCGAACAAGGGCGAUGUGAAGCAGCAGCAGUGGAUUCAGAGGAUCCAGCAGGCCAUGGAGCAGCCCGGCGUCGAGCCCAGUGUGUGGAAGGUCCUGCAGAUGGUCAGUACUCACAAUAAUGUGCCGCGCAAGAAAGCCAAGUUUGAGAACUGGAUGAAGAACUGUCUGAAGAUCUGCACCCCGUGUUUACUGGAGAAGGUCUGGGAGAUUUGCUCAGCGGCUGCCGACAGCAACAGCAACCAAACCAACCAUCAGAUGAAUGGUGCUGAGACGAACGGAAACAAGAGAGAUGAGCGGAAAAAUAAGAAGAAGAAGAGAAAGACUUCAGAUGAGCAGAACGGAGAAAACACAGACGAGAAACAGACGAGAAAAAAGAGGAAACGAGAGGAGAAAGAACAGAACGCAGACGAAAAGAGCAACAAAAAACAGAAGAAAAGAAAACAGGAUGCAUUUGACGAGAGUCUGAAUCCGGAGGGGGAGGAGCCAGAGAAGCAGGAGUCUGAAUCAAGCUCUACCGGGAAGUUUAACUGGAAAGGGACGAUAAAGGCAGUUCUGAGAGACGCUCCUGAGGACGGACUCGCUGUCAAGAAACUCCGCAAGAAGGUUUUAGCGGCGUAUUACUCGUUCACUGGAGACUCAAACUUCAGAUCGGAAGAGGAGCUUCUGUCUCUGUUCAACAGAAAGAUCAACAGCAACCCAAAGUUUAAGAUCCUCAAAGACAGAGUCAGACUGGUGAAAUGACGGACUCUGUGCUGUAAUAAAUGCUGCGAGUGAACUCACGUCUGUCUGUGUCUUUAGCGGUCACUCGAGUGUUUGAUAAGAUUAUUCUGUCGUUCAGGAUUGGAGUCUGGAAUCAUUUGAUUCAAAUCAGGACUUCGAAGCAUGUAUCGCAAAUAUUCUUUUUUAUUAAACAGAACCAAACACCAAACCAAUAAAGGGGUCAUAUGAUGCUUUUUUUAAAGAUCGUUAUUUUGUGUGUUUGAUGUAACCGAAUAUGUUGACAUGCUUUAAUGUUCAAAAAACACUAUUUUUCAAAUACUGUACAUUAUUGCAGGUCCACUAUGCCCGUCAUUUUCUUCAAAGCCCCUCCUUCCGACAAGCGCAGUCUGCUCUGAUUGGCCAGCUGACACAGUGCAUUCUGAUUGGCCGAACACCACAAGCACUCGUUGGAAAUGUAACACCCCUUUCCAUAAUCACAAGCUUCAGCUUUCAAAGUAAAUAUCAAGACAGUUAAUAAUGUUGUUAGUUUUACCAUCAGUUCAAGCCUGAGAGCGGAACAGAGUCGUGUGACUCAGUGAUGAUGCUCGUAUGUGUCUGAACACAAGCCACGGUUAAGACAGCUGACUCCACUGUGAUGUGACCCUGUCUCUCUCUCACACACACACACACACACACACACACACACACACACGACGUGAAACUCUGCAUUUGAACAGUCAAUAGCAAUUACUUAAACUAAUAACAAAUCAUACUUACAGUCGCUGAUUCAGAAGCGCCAGAUUGUCAGAGCAAAGUCAGAAUUUACCCAUUUUUAUUUUUUAGAAAUAGCCUUUGCACAGCCAGCCUUGUACUCUCCUAGGUUCACGAAACUGUCGUCCAUAAAAUGCGUUGCACAAAUUUGAAAUGUGAACAUUUGGGUUGUGCUGUUGUGUUGUAAAUCUUAACCAUGAUUCCUAAUUGCUUCUACUUCCGGAAGACCAAAUAAAGUGCUUUUACUUUCACACAGAAGCACACAGCGUCUCCUGACACGGCUGCUUCAACACUACUGCGGUUACUGAAACCACACCUUCUUUGCGUGAACAUUUGGGCGGCAUUACGCAAAUAUUUCCACAUCGUGACGUAGACAUGUGGGGCGUGUUUAAUGAGGCGUUUUAGCCCGGUCUGGAUCAGCCUUCUCUUUUAGACAGAAUAAAUCCUUCUGUGGGAGACUUUGAGCUUCGUAACUGCAGAUCUCAUACAUGCACAAACAGCUACAUAACACACCAAAGAAAAGGAAAACAAGAAAUCGCAUCAUAUGACCCCUUUAAGGCGGUGCAGUUAUUAAACAGAACAAAGAAAAAUGAAAGAAAGAAAGUACUACAAAUACCAUGGUUAAGCUAUAGUUAGUUUAGCAAAGCCAUGGUUAAUUUGUGGUUACCGUGGUUUAA